AAGAUGGAUUUGCCAGAAAGAAACACAGAAACGGGAAAAUCAAUCUGCUUUGCAAGGUUGUGAGCCUGUUUUGUCACUUGUAGACUUGACAAAUUCUAACAUCUAUUGUUUCCCUUUUACUUAAAGGGACAUUUCAUUAAAAAGAGAUUUUUUUUAAAAAAUCCCUCAAAGCCACGAAAAACUGCACUUAGAGUUUGACUAAAAUGUCUAGUGAGAAGUUCCAACCUUUAUUCUGAAGGGCACAAACAGCGUUGCACCGGAAGUGAUUAUCAUAUGAGCGUUUUACUCUGUGUUUGGCAACAUGGCGGCGAAUAAAAUAAUGUUUUAAUCUGCGUCACUUUGUUAUGAGAGAUUAGCGAUUCUAUUCUCCCAGAGGCUCAUUCUGUCGACUGAAUGGACUUUGAGCUUUAAAUGUUUUUCUCAGUUUUCUCUCCCUCAGUCAUCUGACCGUAAACUACAAAGCUAGCUUAGCUUAGCAUUCAAACUGGAGAUAUGAGUGGUGAAACAGUCAAAGUUGCUGUUUGAUGGAGUGGUUGUAGUGUUUUCCAGAAUAAAUCAGCCAGUAUAACUGUGUGAAAAUGCCAGGAGUCAAGACACUGAGAGAUUUUGUCAACCAGAGACUGACUGCUGCUGCUGAAGAGAUUUUUGGAGUCUUUGAAAGAACGAUAGCAGAAUACGAGGAACAACUUUGUCGAUGUAAAGAGGAAAACGAGCGAAAACAGAAACUUCUGGACGAUGUUCAGCUUUGCUUUCGCAGAGCAGACAACCAGCAGCUGUCAGUGACUCAAGAAGAGGUUCCCUCUGAGCAGCAGGAGUGGAGCUCCAGUCUGGACCAGGAGGACACUGAGCCUCCACACCUUAAAGAGGAAGAGGAGGAACUUUGGAGCAGUCAGGAGAGACUGGAGGAGUUUAAUACCAUCAAGUUCCCCUUUGCUCCUGUCCCUGUGAAGACUGAAGAUGAUGAAGAGAAACCUCAGUCCUCACAGCUUCAUGAAAUACAAAGGGAAGGGAUGAAAACAGGAGCUGAUGGAGAGGACUGUGGAGGACCAGAACAGGUCAGGAACUCAGAACCAGAGAGACAUUUACAUGAGGACAAGACUGAAGACUUCUCUGAAUCUGACACUGAUUACAGUGAUGACUGGAGGGACACCAUGGAAAAUGAUUCUGGAUUAAACUGUGUGGAAAACUUUGAUGAUGAUAGAUCAGACAGUGACAAGAAAUCACACAGCUGCUCUCAGUGCAGUAGAACAUUCACAAGGAAAUGUCAUCUUGCUACACAUAUGAGAAGGCACCAAAAAGAGAAACCCUCAAGUUGCUCUGACUGUGGUAAAAGAUUUAAGUUAAAGUCAAGUCUGGCUAAACACAUGGUUAUCCACACAGGAGAGAAACCCUUUAGCUGCCCAGAGUGUGAUAAAAAGUUUAGCAAAUUGUCUCAGCUGAAGUCCCACAUGUUUGUCCACACAGGAGAGAAACCCUUCAGCUGCUCUAAGUGUGAUAAAAAGUUUAAUCACAAGUGUAAUCUGACUAAACACAUGGUGAGCCACACAGGAGAGCAAUCCUUUAGCUGCUCUCAGUGUGAUAAAAAGUUUCACGAAAAGGCUCAGCUGAACGCCCACAUGUUUGUUCACACAGGAGAGAAACCCUUUAACUGCUCUCAAUGUAAAAAAGGAUUUAAUUACAAGUCUCAUCUGAACAGACACAUGCUGGUGCACACAGGAGAGAAACCCUUCAGCUGCCCUUGGUGUGAUAAAAAGUUUAAUCAGAACUCAAAUCUGACUUCACACAUGGUGAUCCACACAGGAGAGAAACCCUCAGCUGUUAGCUCUGUGAUCAGAAAUUUUCAUGGGAUAGUCAGAAUCAGCCAGUAUAACUGUGUGAAAAUGCCAGGAGUCGAGACACUGAGAGAUUUUGUCAACCAGAGACUGACUGCUGCUGCUGAAGAGAUUUUUGGAGUCUUUGAAAGAACGAUAGCAGAAUACGAGGAACAACUUUGUCGAUGUAAAGAGGAAAACGAGCGAAAACAAAAACUCCUGGACGAUGUUCAGCUUCGCCUUUACAGAGCAGACAACCAGCAGCUGUCAGUGCAUCAAGAAGAGGUUCCCUCUGAACAGCAGGAGUGGAGUUCCAGUCUGGACCAAGAGAACACUGAGCCUCCACACACUAAAGAGGAAGUGGAGGAACUUUGGAGCAGUCAGGAGGGACUAGAUGGUAUUUAUACUAUCAAGUUCCCCUUUGCUCCUGUCCCCGUGAAGACUGAAGAUGAUGAAGAGAAACCUCAGUCCUCACAGCUUCAUGAAAUACAAAGUGAAGGGAAAACAGGAGCUGAUGGAGAGGAGUGUGGAGGACCAGAACAGACCUGGAACUCAGAACCAGAGACACUUUUACAUUCAGAGACUCAGGACAAGACUGGAGACUGCUCUGAAUCUGAAACUGAUGGCAGUGAGGAUUGGAGGGUUACAUUGGAAAAUGAUUCUGGAUUAAACUGUGUGGAAAACUUUGAUGAUGAUAGAUCAGACAAUGACAAGAAAUCACACAGCUGCUCUCAAUGCAGUAAAACAUUCAUUAGGAAAUGUCAUCUUGUUACACAUAUGAGAAUACACCAAAAAAAGAAACCCUUGAGCUGCCCUGACUGUGGUAAAAGAUUUAAACACAAGGCUCAUCUUAACUCCCACAUGUUUCUUCACGCAGGAGAGAGGCCAUUUAGCUCCUCUAAGUAUGAUAAAACAUUUAACAAAAAGUCUACUCUGACAAAUCACAUGUUAACUUAUGGUCAAGGGAACUUCAGCUGUCCUAGGUGUGAUAAAAAGUUUAAUCACAAGUCUCAUCUGAACUCCCACAUGUUGAUGCACACAGGAGAGAAACCUUUCAGCUGCCAUCAGUGUGAUAAAAAGUUUAAUCAGAAGUCUAAUCUGAACAAACACAUGGUGAUCCACACAGGAGAGAAACCCUUCAGCUGUCCUCAGUGUGAUAAAAAGUUUAGUCAGAAGUCUAAUCUGAACAAACACAUGGUGAUCCACACAGGAGAGAAACCCUUCAGCUGCCCUCAGUGUGAUAAAAAGUUUAGUCACAAGUCUUAUCUGACUUCACACAUGGUGAUCCACACAGGAGAGAAACCCUUUAGCUGUGAGCUCUGUGAUCAGAAAUUUUCAUGGCUUACUCAGGUAAAGAACCACAAGUGUUCCGGUGGCCAGACUUCAUAACAUAAGAGAAAGAAAAUCUAACGAGGAGGACUAUGUAAGAUGAGAACCAGGCAGUAUCUGAGAUAUCUAAAAAGAUGUGCAACAAGAGACUGAAGAUGAAUUAGAUGAUUAGAGGGAGAUUAGAGAACAUCAGUCAGGUUUAAACUGUAAAUCUGCUAUACUCAAUCCUGCAGCUACUGAGCUGCACACAGAUCUUAUUGGGAUGCACAGAUGCACCAGCUUAACAUCAGUAUAGACUGAUAUUAACCCUGUUUGCCUACAUAUGCAAAUAAUAUAGCAGGAACGUUUAUCAUUUAUCAGGGUUUAUCUGUUGUGCCUGAUGAAUUGUCUGUUUGCAUCUGUCAUAUCUAGCUGAUGAAUAGAAUAAACCAGUGCAGAAGUAAUUUUCUGGACAAUUUUUGAUCUGAUUUCAUGGUCAAACAUGAGAGAAAAUGUUGGCAUUCUACAAGAAAAAAAAAAAAUUAAAAAUCGGUUAGAUUGUUGUGUUGAACAUUAGUAUCGGCCCAAACAUUCAUAAUCAAUGCAUCUCUUGUUCUUUUAUCUAAAAUUGUAGUCUUGUUUGGAAAGUAAACCCCAAUUUUUUUUCAAAAGUAGACAUUUCGGCCGUAUACUUGAUUCAUUGCAAGUCAGACCAUUUCUGGUUGGCAAUAUAAAACACACUGAAACAACAGCACACAACAGAGGCCCUUUAGAUCAUUGUUUCCAGAGCAAACUCCAACAGUAAAUCCUUUCUGUGGAAAAAUGAGAGUCACAAAUAUCACUAAGUGAGGUCAUUUCAAAGCUGAUGUUUUAACAACCCUUUCCAGACUGAAAUACAAAUGUAAACUGCAAAAGCAUGGACAAUCAUCAUAGAAAAACGUGGAAGACUACCUGCUAUUAUUGACUGUGAUUAUCAGCAAUAUGCUGUAUGCUCAGGUGUGGACAUAUGACCAACUAUACGCUGUGCGUUAUGCUGUUGUGGACUUCUAUUUUCAGGAUAUUUUUCUUUUUUUUGGUUAUUGAAAUGCACGGCAUGCUUUGAGUCCCUUCAAACAAUGCACAUUAUUCAAACUGUUAAAUGUGCAUUGUUUUAAGGGAAGAAAAGGGUGUUUGUGGAUUGGAGCUCUUGCAACAAUAUUUGAGUCAGUGUGGCCUCUGAGGGCAAGGUUGAGCACAAGUUGUUGCAGAAAUUCAGUUUAAAUAUAUACUUUUGUCUGGCUUGAAGGUGUCUCUUCUGCGGAAGUGGGGUUUUCUUGGUCCGUUCUUGUACAGAGCUCUAGUGAUGGUAUUCUUUGAGACUACCAUUCUAGACUUGGCCAAGUCCUUCACUGGUGUCUCUGCAGUUGUUCCGGGGUCUUUAGACACGUCUCCCAGUAGUUUUCUUUCCUUGAAAUCUUUCUCUUUCUACCUCUGCCAGGCUUCUUGUGGACUGUGUGGCUCUCUUUGAAUUUCUGGAUGAUUCUUCUCACUCCAGUUCUUGACAUUUGGAAAUGCUGUGAUACCUUUGUAUAUUAUUCUCCUGUUUUUGUGAGCAUCAACAAUUCGUUUUCUUAAGUCUAAACUGAUUUCUUUUAG